AUGUUGCGGAAAACACCAUUGUUCGCUAUGGCCACCACGCGAAAGGCGUUGGUUGGCAACGGCCCCACAUUCUCCACGGGCGGCGAGUGUAUGAACACGUGCGACAUCCAGAACGCUUUCCCAAUGAAUGACCGCGGUGUGCGCUCGUCUUCUCCAUUUCAAGAACCUAACACUGCUAUUUAUGACUCGUACCUUGCGUGGACAUACUUCCAGCCCAUGGAUGUGCAUAUCGAAAAGCUGCCAGCUCCAGAGGCAAAGUACUAUCAGCGUCACACCAAGAAGCCUUGGGACGUUUCGUCAACGGAACUAACGGAGAUUCAAUCACGCAAAAAGUACUUUCAAACGCUGGGAUACCUUGUUGCGUUCAUCUACUUAUAUUUCCUCAUGCCAAAGGAGAAGUCUUUCAGCGGACUGAGCGGUCCUGAUGGGCACUGGAUUAUGUUGCCAAAGGGCCGGCCAGAGCUCUUCUAG